AUGAACAGUAAGUCAAAUGUAGAUUUUGUUAAUGUUGAUUCUAUUGAAAUAUUUCGUGAAAGUGACUCUGAAUCUACUGAAUUGAUUUUUGAAAGUAGUAGCACUGAAAUUUAUAGUGAUAGUGACAUUGAAGAAUCUAGUUCUAGUCAAUCUGCUAAUACUAGUAGUACUGAUAUUUAUAAUGAAAGUGACAGAGACUAUGUCGGUAGUGAUGUAAAUUCCGUAUCUAGUCAAUCAAGUGCAAGUAGUGAUCAUUCUAGUCAAAACACUAGUAUAAACUCUGUUGAAAAUUCAAUUUCAAUUGAAAAUCAGAAUGGCUUGAAAUGUCUUUACACAAAUGCAGACUCUAUAUCAAAUAAAUGGUCAGAACUUGAAGCAUUAGUAUAUUUACAUCAACCUGAUAUUGUAGGAUUGACAGAAGCUUUUAAAAAGAAUCUAGAGAAUCCGAACCUUUCAAGUUAUGUUUUACAAGGAUAUCAUGUAUUCUGUAAUCCAAAAUUUCAAAAUGUUGCAAGUAGAGGAACUUUGUUGUUUGUGAGAGACUACUUAGAAGUAACUGAAUAUAAAAAACUGAACGAGAAUUCUGCUAAAGAGGCUAUUUGGUGUGAAAUUAAAAUUAACAAUUUAGAGAAGCUUCUCGUAGGAUUAGUGUAUAGAUCUCCUAACUCGAGUGCGGAAAAUAAUGUAGCUAUAAAUGAAAUGAUUAGUGCAUUGAAUAAUGAAACACAAUCGAGAGUAGUUGUUAUGGGUGAUUUCAACUAUCGUGAUAUAGACUGGAAGCAUUGGAUUUCAAGUGCGCCUGAAAAUCAUGUAAGUCAUGAAUUUAUAGAAGCUGUACGUGAUAGUUAUCUUCAUCAAAACAUAGAAUUUUAUACAAGAUACAGAAACGGCCAAAGACCAAGUACUUUAGAUCUUGUUUUCUCAUCAGAAGAACUUUUAGUGAACAAUAUUGAACACUUCAGUCCCCUGGGUAAAAGUGACCAUAUAGUGAUUACCUUUGGUAUUGACUGUAAUUCCAGCAAUGAGGCAUACAUGAAAGAGUCAUUUACUUAUGAUCGAGGAAACUAUGAUGAAAUGAAAACUGACUUGAGUAAUGUUGAUUGGAUAAGUGAAUUUCAAGGUAAAGAAGUGAAUGAAAAUUGGAUAUUUUUCAAAGAUAAAAUAACAGAAUCAAUGAAAAAACAUAUUCCUGUUAAGAAAAUCAAAUCAUCAAAUAGGGGUUAUAAACCAAUUUGGAUGACUAGAGAAGCUCUUAAAGCGGUGAAAAAGAAACAUAGGGCAUGGAACAAAUAUAGACAAACAAAUGAACAUGUUCACUUUCAAUAUUUUUGUCGUCAACGUAAUAUAGCUACCCGUGAAUGUCGUAAAGCCAGAAAUAACUUUGAAACAAAAAUUGCAGAGGAUACAAAUCCGAAAGCAUUUUACAAAUAUGUGAAUUCUCGCAAAAAAGUCCAAAAUGGAAUAGCAGACUUAAAGAGAGACGAUGGUUCGAUUACGGAAAAUGACUUGGAAAAAACUGAAGAACUAAAUAGGUUUUUCAAGUCUGUAUUUACUAUUGAAGAUUUGAACAAUAUUCCAUAUAUAAAUGAUAGAAGUUCUGGUAAAAGUAUCUUGGAAGUACAGUUCAAUGAGCAAAUUACCAUGAAAUUACUUGAAAAUCUUAACGUAACUAAAUCAUGUGGACCUGAUUUCUUACACCCUAGAGUCCUGAAAGAAGUUAAGAAUGCAAUAUGUUUACCAUUGACUCUUUUAUUUCAUCAAUCUUUUGAAGAAGAAGAAACACCGAUUGACUGGAAAACGGCAAAUGUGAAAGCGUUGUUUAAGAAAGGGAGAGAAACCAGGCAGGAAACUAUCGACCAGUAA